GUAAACAUGGCGGCGGUCAGUAAGAUAGCCUACAGCUGCUCCGAGAUCGGUCAUACGUGGAGCCCGUCGUGUGUUCAGGCUGCGGUGGACGUGACCAGCGGGGCUCUGGAGGUCUCCUUCAAAAUAUACGCCCUUCUUUACCUGAUAGCAGCCAUUCUACGGAGGAGGAAGAAGGAUUAUUAUUUAAAAAGGCUUCUCCCAGAGAUCCUGAGGUCCACAUCGUUCCUGACCACCAAUGGAGGUCUUUACAUCGUGUUCUUCUGCAUCCUCAGGAAGCUGUUGGGGGGGUUCUACUCAUGGUCCUCUGGGUUUGGUGCAGCGCUGCCUGCAUCCUACCUGGCCAUCCUCCUGGAACGCAAGAGCAGGAGAGGGCUUCUGACAAUAUACAUGGCCAAUCUUGCCAGCGAGACUUUGUUCCGCAUGGCGGUGACUCGAGGUCUCGUCAGACCCAUCAAACAUGGCGAGGUGCUGCUGUUCUCCAUAACGGCAUCAAUCUUCAUGUUCCUCUUCAGGAGUAAAGAUGGUCUCAAAGGGUUUGCGUUUUCUGCAUUAAAGUUCAUUAUUGGGAAAGAAGAGAUUCCAACUCAUUCUAACGUGGCAGAAACUCUCGGCACAAGUCGCCUCGAGAGGACGGCUGCUGUAGAGAGCGAGUGUUUACAGACAUCAGCAGAACGGCUCAGCCUCAGGAGGACAACUGUGACGGCCUACACCAGGGAGCUGCUGAGGUCCCUAUGCAAAAGGGGUCCAAGGCACAGAUGUUGUAAACAUUACCAGGACAACUGCAUUUCCUACUGUGUCAAAGGUUUUAUCAGGAUGUUCAGUAUCGGCUACCUCAUCCAGUGUUGUCUUAAAGUUCCCUCAGCCUUCAGGCAGAUGUUCUCCAAACCCUCGUGUCUGCCCUCCGUCUUCUACAACAAAGAGAACUUCCAACUUGGAGCCUUUCUAGGCUCUUUUGUCAGUAUUUAUAAGGGAACAAGCUGCUUGUUGCGCUGGGUGCGUAACAUAGAUGAUGAGCUCCAUGCACUGAUAGCUGGCUUCCUGGCUGGUAUCUCAAUGUUUUUCUACAAAAGCACAUCUAUAACCAUGUAUCUCUUCUCUAAGCUGGUGGAGACCAUGUACUUCAAAGGGAUUGAGGCUGGCCACUUCCCGUACUUUCCUCAUGCAGACACAGUUAUUUAUGCCGUUUCUACAGCUAUCUGUUUCCAGGCCGCAGUGAUGGAAGUGCAGAACCUCCGGCCUUCAUACUGGAAAUUCCUCCUGCGUUUAACUAAGGGCAGAUUUGCUCUGAUGAACAGGGAGUUGCUUGAUGUGUUCGGGACUCAUGCAUCCAGGAACUUUAAAGGCUUUGUGCCCAAACUGGACCCUCUGCACGCCACAGUGCUCGGACAAACGGUGCUUCCACCUGGAGGUGACGUCCAGCUCGGGUGA